AUGCCCCCGGAGAAGGCAGAACCAAUCAAGCAGGAGAGACCAGCCACCCCUGUACCCAGCUGUGUGUCCAUGAAGAGUGACCGGUCUAUGGAACCUCCUAUAAUGUUUAGAGAGGAAGACUUUUCUACUGAACAAAGAAACCAACAGGAGAGAUCAGAGUCAGAGAUUCUCAGUGGUCAGUCUUCCCAGAGUCAUCAAACAGACCUGGCCUCCAUAUUCAGUUUGCUUGAAGAGAAAAUUAUGACAUUUGUGAAGAACGAGCUGAAGCUGUUCAAGAGGAAUCUUUGUACAGAACUCCCAGAAGGCUUUGAGAGUCAGAAGCAGGAUAAGGAAGUGGUGGAUGCUGAAGAUGAGAAGCAGGAGAGCAAUGCCAGAGAGGGGGCUCUGAAGAUCACACUGCACAUCCUGAGGAAAAUGAACCAGAAGGAGCUUGCUGACACACUGGAGAAAUAUGAGCUUGCUGUGAUUUGCCAACGUGAACUCAAAUCUAAUCUAAAGAAGAAGUUUCAAUGUGUAUUUGAGGGGAUCGCUAAACAAGGAAACCCAACACUUCUCAAUAAGAUCUACACAGAGCUCUACAUCACAGAGGGUGGAACAGGAGAGGUCAAUAAGGAACAUGAGCUGAAACAGAUUGAGACAACAACCAGGAAACAAGCAAGACCAGAGACUGCAAUCAAAUGUAACGACAUCUUCAAACCCUUAACUGGACAAGACAAACGUAUCAGAACUGUGCUGACAAAGGGAGUCGCUGGCAUUGGAAAAACAGUCUCUGUGCAGAAGUUCAUUCUGGACUGGGCUGAAGGAAAAGCAAAUCAGGAUGUCCAAUUUGUAUUUUCAUUCCCUUUUCGGGAGCUGAAUUUGAUGAAAGAGGACAAACACACUUUAAUUGAACUUCUUAAUCACUUCUCAAUGGAAACUAAACAAUCAGGAAUCUCCAUCUACAACAAGUACAAAGUUCUGUUCAUCUUUGAUGGUCUGGAUGAGUGCCGACUGCCCCUAGACUUCCAGAAGAACAAGAUCUGUUGUGACGUCACAGAGUCAACCUCAGUGGAUGUUUUGCUGACAAAUCUCAUCAAGGGAAAUCUGCUUCCCUCUGCUCUCCUCUGGAUAACUACCCGACCUGCAGCAGCCAAUAAGAUCCCUUCAUGGUGUGUUGACCAGGUGACAGAGGUACGAGGGUUCAAUGACCCACAGAAGGAGGAGUACUUCAGGAAGAGAUUCAGUGAUGAGGACCUGGCCAGCAGAAUCAUCUCACACAUAAAGACAUCAAGGUGCCUCCACAUCAUGUGCCACAUUCCAGUCUUCUGUUGGAUUUCUGCAACAGUCCUUGAAAACAUGCUGAAACAUAAGAGAGAAGAGAUGCCCAAGACUCUGACUGAGAUGUACACACACCUUGUGGUGUUUCAUACCAAACAGAAGAAUGAAAAAUAUCUUGGGAAAGAAGAGACAGGUCCACACUGGAAUAAAGAGAGCAUUCUGUCACUGGGAAAACUGGCUUUUCAACAGCUUGUGAAGGGCAAUCAGAUUUUCUAUGAAAAAGACCUGAAAGAAGCUGGCAUUGACGUCAAUGAAGCCUCAGUGUACUCAGGAUUGUGCACACAGCUCUUUAAAGAGGAACGUGGGCUGUACCAGGACAAGGUGUACUGCUUUGUUCAUCUGAGCAUUCAGGAGUUUCUGGCUGCUGUAUAUGUGUUCCUCUCAUUCAUCAACAACAAUGAGAAUCUAAUGGCCAAAACUCAAUCAACGUCCAGGAAACUUUCUGUGAGGAAAAGACAGAAGCCUAAAUUUACUGUCUACAAGAGUGCUGUGGAUAAAGCCUUACAAAGUGAGACAGGAAACCUGGACCUUUUCCUCCGCUUCCUUCUGGGCCUCUCACUGGAGUCCAAUCAGAAGCACUUACGAGGUCUACUGACAAAGACAAGAAGCAGCUCACAGAGCCAUGAAGAAACAGUCAAGUACAUCAAGAAGAAGAUCAGGGAGAAUCCCUCUCCAGAGAGGAGCAUCAAUCUGUUCCACUGUCUGAAUGAACUGAAUGACCAUUCUCUAGUGGAGGAGAUCCAAAGCUUCCUGAGAUCAGGAAGUCUCUCAAAACCCAACCUGUCACCUGCACAGUGGUCAGCUCUGGUCUUUGUGUUGCUGACUUCAGAAAAGGAGCUGGAUGUGUUUGACCUGAAGAAAUACUCCAGAUCAGAGGAAGGUCUUCUGAGGCUGCUGCCAGUGGUCAAAGCCUCCAGAGCUGUUCUGCUGUCAGGCUGUCUAAUCACAGAGGAAGGCUGUGCUUCUCUGGUCUCAACUCUGAAGUCAAAACCCUCACACCUGAGAGAGCUGGAUCUGAGUAACAAUGAUUUGAAGGAUUCAGGAGUGAAGCUGCUCUCUGCUGGACUGGGGAAUCCCCACUGUAAACUGGAGACUCUGAGGUCAGUAUUCCUGUACUUGGUCAACAAGUGA